UUUUCACCGUUUAUCUCUGCGUGAUUUUUUUCACGCCCCGGCUGCUCUCAGACCAGCUGCUCUAGACGGCUCUGUAUGUCUGCGUCUCCAGCUGCGUGGCUCCAGUCCCGCAGGCUGGGUCGGCCAUGUUGUGUGGGGGUUGAUGGAAGUUUGGUAGUAGGAAGUGGAGAGGAGGCUGCUUCUCUCCGGGAUACUCCAGGAUCCCACUUUUCCUCCUUCCUCUUUGUUUUCCAUCACCAGGCAUGCAUCUGCAGGAUUUUCCCCUCAAUGAUUUCUCCACAUGAAAGAAAAUGACAGCCUCAUCCAGCGCUUCCUUCAGCCUUCAGGACUGCAACACUUGAUUUAACUUGAAACCAAACCGCUGGAUGGAUGAACUGAGGAUGAAGACAGAUCGGUACCGGCUGGAAUAACUCGGAUUUACUUUGUCCCUAACUGAUUCAAGGGGAAAGUGAGGGAAAUAGGGGGGGGGUGGGAAUCACACUGAAAGGACGCAAAUCUGAGAAGAUGACAGGAUGAAGCCUGUCUCUGCUUUCCAUGAAAGAUCUUUCAUCCUGAUGCCGAAGAAGCGUCUGGCUCAGAAACAGAAAGUCUCUUUCUCUGUGCCAACAUUCUCACCAUGUUGGCUCUACAUCUAAGACUGAGACGAUGGGUUGUGUAAAAAGCAAAGAAGACAAAGGCCCCACCAUGAAAUAUCAGACUGAAAAUUCCUCACGGUCCGACCCCAACGCCUCCACUUCUGUGCCUCAUGCCGGUCACUAUGGGCCUGAUCCUACGCAGCAGAAUCAGCCGCCUGCAUUGUCCUCCAGCUCUGCAGCUCUGAAUUUCAACCACGCCCUCACGCCAUUCGGAGGCUCCUCCUCUGCCAUAACUCCCUUCGGAGGAGCGUCGACCUCGUUCACUGGUCCCAUGUCCAACUCCUUCUCUGGUGCCGUCUCUAGCGGUGUCACCUUCUUUGUUGCCUUGUAUGACUAUGAAGCCAGAACGUCAGAUGAUCUUACAUUUAAAAAGGGGGAUCGCUUUCAGAUCAUCAACAAUACCGAAGGAGACUGGUGGGAGGCUCGCUCCAUCAACACCGGGAUGAAAGGCUACAUCCCCAGCAAUUAUGUGGCCCCUGCCGACUCCAUUCAGGCUGAAGAGUGGUACUUUGGGAAAAUGGGACGCAAAGAUGCUGAGAGGUUGCUGCUCAAUCCUGGGAAUAUUCGAGGGACUUUCCUGGUGCGGGAAAGUGAAACAACUAAAGGUGCUUAUUCUCUCUCCAUACGGGACUGGGAUGAAGCCAAAGGAGACAAUGUGAAGCACUACAAGAUCCGCAAGCUGGAUAAUGGGGGAUACUAUAUCACUACACGAGCCCAGUUUGACACGUUGCAGAAACUUGUCAAACACUACACAGAGCAUGCAGAUGGACUCUGCCACAAGCUGACCACAGUCUGCCCCACGGUCAAGCCUCAGACUCAGGGGCUCGCCAAAGAUGCCUGGGAGAUCCCGAGGGAGUCGUUGCAGCUGGAGGUCAAACUUGGCCAGGGAUGCUUUGGAGAGGUGUGGAUGGGCACAUGGAACGGCACCACCAAAGUGGCCAUAAAGACGCUGAAGCCGGGGACCAUGUCACCCGAGGCCUUCCUGCAGGAAGCUCAGAUCAUGAAGAAACUCAGACAUGACAAACUAGUGCCUCUUUAUGCUGUUGUGUCUGAGGAGCCCAUCUAUAUUGUCACAGAGUAUAUGUCCAAAGGAAGUUUGCUUGACUUCGUCAAAGAAGGUGAUGGCAAAUUCCUUACGCUCAUCACGCUGGUGGACAUGGCCGCGAAAAUUGCAGACGGCAUGGCCUUCAUCGAGCGAAUGAACUACAUUCACAGAGAUCUGCGUGCUGCGAACAUACUCGUGGGCGAGAACUUGGUGUGUAAGAUAGCCGACUUCGGUCUGGCAAGGCUGAUAGAAGACAACGAGUACACGGCGAGGCAAGGAGCCAAAUUCCCCAUCAAGUGGACAGCCCCUGAAGCCGCUCUGUAUGGUCGCUUCACCAUCAAGUCAGACGUCUGGUCCUUCGGGAUUCUCCUCACCGAGCUAGUUACCAAAGGCAGGGUGCCCUAUCCAGGAAUGGUGAACCGGGAGGUGCUGGAGCAGGUGGAGCGAGGAUACCGCAUGCCCUGCCCGCCAGGUUGCCCUGAGUCUCUGCAUGAGAUGAUGCUGCUCUGCUGGAAGAAGGAGCCAGAUGAGAGGCCCACAUUUGAGUACCUGCAGUCCUUCUUGGAGGACUAUUUCACCUCCACGGAGCCUCAGUAUCAGCCUGGAGAAAACCUAUAGCCAUUAGGGAGAGGGGGCUUUGUCAACUGCAUCCAUCACUACUUAAUCUGCGUCUCAUUUUUUUUUUUGUUCUUCCAUCUUCUGUACAGAUGUUUGUUUUUACAUAUUGUUUUUAUGUUCUCACAUCUGGUACUACAAAAAUUUGAGUUUUGUUUACCUCUUUAUGUGAAUUUAAUCAAAAUAUAUAAAUGAUCAUGGUAAUGGGCAUAUGUGUUCAUGCUCUAAAAGCAGAAAUCACAUGGUGCUGUGUUUCUGUGAAAUAAGUUGUGAUUAAACACCCACGUUUUUAUGUUUUAAUGUGGCCAUUUGCAUCCUUUUGGUGGGGAUGUAAAUUGAAAAUAGUUCACAUCACCAGCCUGGAGAAUGUCUGGAAAAGUAUUGAAUUUGACUUCAGUGUUUCCAGGUACAGAUAAAUAUGAAAAAAGAAAAUAAGAGCACGGAAAAAUAUUUUUGCUUCCAAACCUUAUUUUUUAUCUCACUUUUUCUUCCUCCAAUCUUUCCUUUGUGUUUUGCCUUUUUUCUUUCUUGGUAUCCCCUAUUUCUUCGGUCAUUUUCUUAAUUCCUUCCCUCUUUUACUUAUGUCUAUUCUUUGUUCCUUUUGUUCCUUUUUUGUGUUUUACCUUCCUUUCUGUCUUUACUGUUCCCUUCCUUUCUUUCUUGUUUUCUUCCUUCUUUCCUUACUUGUGUCCUUUCUUCUGUCAAAGCUUCCUUCCACCUUUCUUUUUACUGGGUUUUCUAAGCCUGGCCAUGAUAGAAAUAUCUGCCAUAAUUUCCCAGUGGACUUAAAUUUUCUAUAUUUAAAAAUGAUAAUAAAUGACUGAGAUCUCUGGAAAGUUGGAAUUCUCUUGAAAAAUGUUUUGGAACUGUGGAACACUUGUAUCAAUUGGAAAAUCUGCACUUAUAACCUAGUGAGAGGGCAGAGUGCAAUAGUCAGUUCAACAUGUGGUAGAGGAAAAAAGGUCCAGAGUUAAACCUGUAGUUGCCUAACUUUGUAGUAAAAAUGUUUGGAUCAGAAUGUUUAGUCCCCGAUAUCAAUCUGAGUCAUGUAAGAUUAGAUUUUUACCCAUACCAAGUCCCAGGCUGAUAUACCUUAACAUCAAGGCCAUUCAUAUACCCAAAAACCUCAGUUGAUUUAAAACGCAGUAAAAUACCUCACUGCAUUUCCGUCAGUAUUACUGGGUUUACACUAGUAUUGUGAUUGCGUCCCACUUAACCCCCUCACCAAUGGCGUUCAUCACGCUGCAGCAUGCAUUUUGGUUGACCGCGAUAGAUGUUUGUUUCUGCAGGACAGCCAUAUGUUUCUAAAGAUUUCUCUGACCCAACACAUACAGCUACAGUCUUCAAUAAACUCCCUUCUUGCUCCUGCUGAUAAUUUAUUCAUUCGGACCAGUUUGCUGAAAUGGUAGGCUAUCCUUUCUGUUUUGAUAUGACUCUUUGAUAAUUGUUACAUAUUUAAGUGAAGUCCCAUUUAAAAAUGUGCGGACAAAAAAUACAGAAGAUGUUCUCCUGCCCCAUAAACUUAGCGUUUUGUUUUAAAUGUCAUAAAAUCGAAUGGCUUGUGUUUUAGCUGCUCUCUGCCCAGCUCUAUUACACAGUAACUGUUAAGUGAAACACAAUUAGACUGCUAGAGAAAACCCAGAUUUGUGAGAUCGACAAAAUAAUGUGCACAGCCUAAUGAAAAUGUACAUAGGCUGUGCUUUAAACAAAUAUAUGUUUUGCUUUGCCCGCUGGGAUUGUGGUUGACAAAAAACACUGUAGACCAACAACAGAUAUGAGGAGUUGAGUUUUAGUCAGGAUCUCUAAAACCAGUUAUUUAAUGCCCCUGAUCUGAUACAUAAGAUUACAUUACCUGCAGGUAAUAUUGAUAUUUCUUCCAAAAUAGGCUUGUCUAUGGUCCAAACAAAGUACCGGUAUUUAGAUUUACUUGCAUCUUUUAAAACUGUUUGAUUCCACAAAAUAUUUAGGAAAAGGCUGUUCUUUGAUACAAUUAAAGCUUUAAUGGGUUUUCUGAUCAAAUUUUACAUCAACCUAAACAACUUUGAUCCUAAAAUCCUUAAGCAAUAAUUGUAUAAUGUUUUGUUUUCAGGGGCAAAAAAUAAUAAGGAUUUUAAGUUACAGUUGUAAUGAUAAACUCUUAAAUGAUAAUGCUUGCUAAACCCCCUAAAAUGACUGGAAUUGUUAUUUCUACUGUUUAAACUUUUUGGUGAACUGUUGGUUCCAUGAGACCUUCAGUAAAUCUAAAUAAAAUUAAAAGUAUUAUUAUGUGUUUUUUCUAUUUGUUGUUUAGCCAUACAAUUGCAUUAUCUCAUUGGUGUUCUAAAGUAGCCUAUUUGACAGAUUACACUUAAUUUUUAUAGCAAUAUUGGUGUUUAUGUAGGUUUCUGACUGUACCAUAGGACUGAUGGAUUGCCAAAAAACCUUUUUAUCAUCAAUUUUAUUUUCAUUGCCGUAAAUGCCCCCAAAUUACUGUGAUCAAAUUGUAAAUCAGAACAUUCCAUCUCCUACCCUUUAUUAUAUUAGUAAUUUUAAAAACCAUGAUAAUAUAUUUUGUAAGUAGACGUUCUCAGGGGGUUAAUAUCUUCUAUUCCUAUUCAUUUAAGGAGACAAAAACUGAACGUAACUCCCACACAAUUUAAUUUUGUCCUUUGUGUGUUUUCCGUGCUCCAUUUAUAUAUUUUUUAUAACAUACAUUUUCACACAUUACAUUCAUUGCCUAAUAAUGUCAUUUGGAGACUGUCCAUCUCUGUUUACCAUCCAGCCAAGCAGUUAUUUGUAUCCUGGUUAUUAUAAUCUCUCUGUAACCGCUCUAUAUUGUCUUCUCACUGGUUGGGUUUUUACAAUGAAGAAUUGGUGAAGAAACCUAUGGACUUUGUGGCUUUCUGAAAAAUCAUGACAAAAAACGUUGCUUCCAGCCAAGUAUGAAGAAGACCUUUGGUAACCUUUGUUUUAAAGUACGGUAAGCAAAGCAUUUUUAUCCACCAAACUAUGACUGCUGAAGAGCCUUUGGACUUGCCUGUUUAUGUAACCAAAGGAACUCUGCAAACACUAUAUUUAAGACAUUGGAUGGAUGUUUUUAAUGUUUUUUUGUUUUCUUAAUGUUGCUCUAUUAUGGUCUAAACAGGAUUGUAUUAGGAUGAGAACUGAGCCCAGUGCUUGUAAAGGAGUGCUUUGUAUAUUAUGAAAUCAAAAUCCAUGAUGGGGGGUUAGGCUGUGGGGAAUCAUCUGUGGAAUUUGUAGAAUAAAAACUUGCUUUUAAAGAGAA